AUGACAGUAUCAGGAAAGUUAGAAAUCACACCAUUGCCAAACAAACCACUUGGUGCAAGUGUCACUUUACCAAGAGGUGUCACUGACCCCUCCAAGCUCUCUGAUGAAGACUUUAAAACACUUCAGGCUGCCUUGGAGACUUAUUUGGUGCUUGUCAUCCCAAACCAGGCUGAAUUGCCACCUACAUCCCAAUAUGACCUUACUGUGAGAUUUGACCCAUCCUGUCAAGGAAGUUAUGGUCAUGAUGAGAAGUUGUUCCACCAUAAAGAAUCUGUCCUCGCAAAGGACGGGAAAUGCAUUCCUGACAGAACCGAAGUUGUCAUGGUCGGUAAUGGCUCUUUUGAGGCUGGGCAUGCUCCGGGAAUGAAAGCUUUUGAAUUGGAGCAUCCAUCUCAAAGUACUUUCCACAAGGAUGUUUUAACCGAAGAGGAGAAGGCCAACGGCCAAACAAGAUUCUACAGAUGGCAUAUCGAUAGUGCCCUUUACGGAUUGUCUCCUCCUAAGGUCACUACUUUGCUAGGUAUUCAAGUACCAAAAUGUGAUGAGAAACAAAAGAUUAUUUAUGAGGACAACGGUGAGGAAUUUGAGUUAGUUAAAGGUGCCACUGCUUUUGCUAGUGGAGCAACAGCUUUCAAGCUUUUGUCUCCAGAAGACAAGGAGAAAGCAUUGAACACAACUGUUGUUUACGCUCCUCAUCCUUACAUUUUCAUUGGCAAAACCAAGGCUACUAGCGAUGGUUUAACAAUCGUUAGUGAGGGAAAAGAAAUCGGCCUAGACAAACUUCCACCAUGGGAAGAAUCCAAAGUCAAGAAGUUGCCUAUGGUGUGGACCAACCCUACUACUGGCGAACAUCACCUUCAAGUUCAUGGAUGUUGCGUUUACCAGCUAAUCAACAAUAAGACUGGAGAAGUUACGGAGCUUGAAGAAGCCAGAAAGGAAGUCCACAGGCUUAUGAGACCAGCUAUUUCCCCUCAACACAUCUAUGCACAUGCAUGGAACAAGGGUGACUUGGCCAUUUUCUUCAACCAAGGAGUUUGGCACUCUGUUACAGGUGAAUUCCAGCCCCACGAGAAUAGGUUGAUGCACCAAUGCAACGUCGCCAGUGGCUAUGAUCCAGUGACCAAAGUAUAA